AUAUACAAAAAAGAAUUUGGAAAAAAGUUUCAACACUGCAAAGUGAAAAGGUUCAGUGCCUUACCUUCAACACGAGCGACUGGAACUGAAGCAACUAUUGAGGUUGUGUUCAAUAGGAGUACUCCUAUUGCAGAUCUCCCACAGAAUAAUGUUGUUGCUGAAAUCUUAAAAAAAGCUGUGACUAAUACCAACAAUACGUUCAAUGUGAGCAUAAAUCCGGACUCAGUCAAAAUACUAGAAGGUCCAGUUCCAGGUACAACUACCGGACUUACAACUGCUGCACCUACAACUGCAGCAACUACAACUGCUGUACCUACAACAGCUGCAUCUACAACAUCAGCGCCUACAACAGCUGCACCUAUCACUUUGACCCCUGAGCCUGUGUAUAUCCUCUCAGUAGACAUGGAAAGAGAAACUUUCUCAGAUGGCCUUACUGACACCAGCAGCAAUGAAUUCAAGAACCUUGAAGCAAGAGUCUUAAACACAUGCUCUGCGAUAUACAAAAAAGAAUUUGGAAAAAAGUUUCAACACUGCAAAGUGAAAAAGUUCAGUGCCUUACCUUCAACACGAGCGACUGGAACUGAAGCAACUAUUGAGGUUGUGUUCAAUAGGAGUACUCCUAUAGCAGAUCUCCCACAGAAUAAUGUUGUUGCUGAAAUCUUAAAAAAAGCUGUGACUAAUACCAACAAUACGUUCAAUGUGAGCAUAAAUCCGGACUCAGUCAAAGUACUAGAAGGUCCUGUUCCAGGUACAACCACCGGACCUACAACUGCAGCACCUACAACUGCAACAUCUACAACUGCUGUACCUACGACUGCAACAACUACAACUGCUGUACCUACAACAGCUGCAUCUACAACGUCAGCGCCUACAACAGCUGCACCUAUCACUUUAACCCCUGAGCCUGUGUAUAUCCUCUCAGUAGACUUGGAAAGAGAAACUUUCUCAGAUGCCCUUACUGACACCAGCAGCAAUGAAUUCAAGAACCUUGAAGCAAGAGUCUUAAACACAUGCUCUGCGAUAUACAAAAAAGAAUUUGGAAAAAAGUUUCAACACUGCAAAGUGAAAAAGUUCAGGGCCUUACCUUCAACCCGAGCGGCUGGAACUGAAGCAACUAUUGAGGUUGUGUUCAAUAGGAGUACUCCUAUUGCAGAUCUCCCACAGAAUAAUGUUGUUGCUGAAAUCUUAAAAAAAGCUGUGACUAAUACCAACAGUACGUUCAAUGUGAGCAUAAAUCCGGACUCAGUCAAAGUACUAGAAGGUCCAGUUCCAGGUACAACCACCGGACCUACAACUGCUGCACCUAUGACUGCAACGACUACAACGUCAGCACCUACGACUGCAACAACUACAACUGUUGCACCUACAACUGCAACAGCUACAACUGCCUUACUAACAACUGGCAUUUCUACUGCUGCUGCAACUGCAAUAGCAUUACCUAUGACUGUGUCACCUACAACUGCAGCAUCUACAAUAGCUAGGGUGUCUUUCAGAUCUGUUUACAGCACAUUUACAAAUGAGUUGCUAAAUCCAUCAUCUACAGCUUUUAAAAAUCGGGCGGCAAUGAUAAAGGGACAGCUUGAGCUGGUUUUCUAUAGGGCAUUCCCUUCCUCCUUCAAGUCCUUGGAAGUGGUGUCAUUCAGCAGGGGCUCAGUCAUCAACACCAUGGACCUUAGCUUUGAAAGCCCAUUUCCUCCUAGUAACACUCAGAUUAAAAGCGUUUUGAUCAACGCAGCUUCACGCGUCAGCGGCUUUGACAUUGAAGGCAGCUCCAUCAUUGUGAAUGGCAUCUCAUCAAGUGGAGUAAGCCAGAAGAUGAGUCUCAUCACCGCAUCCUGUUUUGUACUGUUGUCAUGGCUACUGUCAAGCCAACAAUAGCAUCCAUGCUGAUUUACAGUACAUUAGAAUUGCAAUCAAAACAUGACUGCCAUCACUGGCAUGAGAAUGGACUUUGUUGUCAGUAAAAAUCCAAAAU